GCCCAGCUCCCAUAAAGCCUCGCGCCACAACGGCGCCUGCUGCUACCUCUUCUUUCUUUCGCCCAGCCGAGACUGCACGUGCGCGCUCUUUCUCUCUCUCCCCGCCCCCACCCUCCUCCUCCUCCUCGUCUCGCUCGGCUUUCGCGUCCUCCCCGCCUCAUCCGCAUCCGGCCCCCGGUGUAGCGCGGCCGGAAGUGUAGGCCCCGGGAGCCGGAGGGAGCCGCCAUCAUGGGCGACAAAAUGGAUAUGUCUCUGGACGACAUUAUCAAGCUGAACCGGAGCCAGCGGGGCGGCGGCGGCCGAGCCGGCGGCGGCCGAGGCCGCGGAAGGGGAGCUGCGGGUCGAGGCGGCGGAGCCGGGCGAGGCGGAGCUGGGCGGGCAGGCGGGGGCGGCCCCGUCCGGAACAGAGGCGCCCUGUCCCGGGGAGGCGGCAGGAACAGGCCUGCGCCCUACAGCCGGGUAGGUCCCUGGGCGAGCGGGCGCGGACGGAGCCCCCCCUUUACCCGGGGUGGAACUGGGCUCCGGCCGCUUGCUUUGUGAACUUUCUUGGGGAACCUGGCGACUCGGGACUUGUUCUGUCUCUUUCGGGGAGCGUCGAGGGGGGUCUCCCCCACGCGGAGAUAAGAGGGUUGGGCGGGAGGAGUUGCUUCGGGGUCCCGGCGCGCCUAGGCCCAGUUCGGAGCGCCUGUUGACGGCAAGCGGGGCGAGGAAAUGAAGGGGUUUUCCCCGCUCCGCCUCCGGGUUGAGUAGAAAUGCAGAACAAUGGGGCCGCCGUUUAUGUGGGACGCUACGUUGUGCUGAUCGGGUUUUCUCUCUCGUCGCAGCCAAAGCAACUCCCUGAAAAGUGGCAACACGAUCUCUUCGAGAGUGGCUUCGGUGCUGGGGCUGGUGUCGAGACAGGCGGGAAGCUGCUCGUCUCUAAUCUGGAUUUUGGAGUAUCGGAUGCAGAUAUACAGGUACUUUCUCCUUGUCUUUAAUAUGAGGGAGCCAAGAGGAGUGGAUAGUUGUAGCUAGUCGUUUAGUUAUUUUACUCACGUUGCAGUUUCCUAUUGCUGUUCUAGAUUUCCCUUGUGUAAUGUGUUAACUUUUCCCUGACCCAUUACUACAUUUCCCCACCCUUUUUCAACAGUAAGUUUCCAGAAAAGAGCAGUUACGGGACAAUAAGUAAUUGCCCUUAAACCGCCCCCCUCCCAUAGUUUGGGAUGGCAUGCAGCUUCAGUUAGCAUAUUCUGGUGCUCCUGUUUUGAGUACAUAUAAAAGCAUUUAUGAAAUUGAAGUCAUGUGGACACUGUCUUAAGAGAAAGGUGCCUCUUGAAAUUCUUGAUUGACAGGAGACCUCAAUCCAAUGAGCCUUUUAAAAAGCUUAUUUCAUGGCAUUUGUUCUAGCCAUAUUAUCCAGGUCUGUAUACUGUCUUUCAAAUUUCCAUCGCAUCCUAUCUGAGGUACUGGUGCAAAACUAUUUUUUUCUUUAUAGGAAAUUUGGAGAUAUAAGUAUUGGAAACUUUAAUGUUUUUGUACUUUGUUUUAUAUUUGAACUAAGGAUAUCCUAAUGUAUUAGCUGAGAUGUAGUGCACAGAUAUGGCCAGUGUAGGUGUAGUGCUUGGGCAAGGACCUGGGUGUUGGGCAAGGACCUGGGGGACCAGGUUCGCACUCUGCUACGAAGCGUACUGGAUGACUUUGGACCAGUCACUGUCUCAGCCUAACCUACCUCAUAAGUUGAUGUGUGAUGAUAAAACGGGGAGGAAGAGAAAUACACGUGCUCCCUUUGUCCUCAGUGGAAAGGUGGAAUAUAAAUGUAAUUAUAAAAUAAGGAAUUAAAUGCAGUUUAGACUUUGUUACUGCUUCCGAUGAGGCUACAAUAAAAAGCAAAAUGUCAUGGAGAACAGAAAGGUCUGCUGUUCUAUUCUUUGGCCCAUCUAUUAUUAAUAUUUUGCAAGAAUCUCUUACUGUGUCCUAGCAUAUGUGAGAUACUGCUUUCUCGCUUUCUAGGAGCUUUUUGCAGAAUUUGGGACAUUGAAGAAGGCAGCAGUGCACUAUGACCGUUCUGGGCGUAGUCUAGGUACAGCAGAUGUCCAUUUUGAGAGAAAGGCAGAUGCACUGAAGGCUAUGAAACAGUACAACGGAGUUCCCCUGGAUGGUAUGUAUUUUAUGUUCACCUAGCUAUUUACUCAGUGGGUGGGAGAAGGUAUGAAUGAGAACUCUGCUCAUACACAUACGCGACAGUAAUAUGCUGACCAAGUGCAUGGAAUUUUAUGCUGGUAAGUGAGCAGGCAGGUGAAGGAAGGAUGAAAAAUUCUAUCCUGCCUCACUCUCUGGUCAGCAGACCGAUAUAUUUUUUGCAGGUCAGCAAUUUUUAUGAACUUGCUUACAAGGUUGCCGUAAACACUUGUUCUUUUUAUUUUUCCUAGGACGUCCCAUGAACAUCCAGUUGGUUACAUCACAGAUAGAUACACAGAGGAGACCAAUACAGAGGUAGGAGAUUUGUCUUUUGAUGUUUCACAUUGAUUAAUAAACUAUAUGGAUGUCUCCAAUUUUAGUGCAGACCCUGUUCAUUUGUACUUUUGAUUCCCAGAGAUUAAAUAAUAGAUGGACUUCCCACUGUCAUUUUACAACAUGGAGCAUGAUUUUUAAAUUGUAGUUAUGUUAACAUUACCAUACUCUGCUUCUCUACGAAGUUCUUUGUGAAGGGUGUAGAUUGAAAUUUAUUUCAGUGGGUUACUGUAAUGCAGUUUCUAUUUGUAGGUUGCUGUAAUUCAGUCUUAUCUCUUGCUUUUAGUGUAAAUAGAGGAGGCGUGACCAGAAACCGUGGUGGUUCGGGUGGCUUUGGCGGUGGCAGCAGACGAGGCAGCCGUGGCAACAGGGGCAGAGGUAGAGGUGCUGGCAGGAGUUCCAAACAGCAGCUCUCUGCAGAAGAAUUGGAUGCACAGUUGGAUGCUUACAAUGCCAGGGUAAGUAAUAGUUGAGGGAUGGUGGAUGGCAGUGGGGAGAGGGAGGUGAGCCUGAUGGCAGAGCCUGGCAUACAUGCAUUAGUCAUCUGUGAGAAAAAAUGCAACUUCACAUAAAGUAAGACAUUUGGAGAUAGCACAGCACUAAAGCAGAGCAGUCUGUAGUUUUUUUGUUUAGUUUCCAAGUGAUUUCCAUGUGUUCCCUCCUGUGUGCGCAAGAAUUAGCUGCGUAACUGUGGAGUCAGUUCCUACAGUGUAGCAAACUAUGAUUCUUGUGGAGUGCUACUCAGUCUGGUGAAUUUGGUGACUCACUAGAUUUGGUAUCUUUGAUAGGACACAGCCUGUGGUUGUGGAGUGUAUCACGUUCUGCUGUGCUAUAUCAGCUGUCAUGCUCUAGGCAUGUUUCAUAGUCAUGCUGCACAAUCCUAUUUUCACAGCUGCUCAGGGAUGGAUGGUGUUCUUUAUUAACACUUCUGCCGUGUAAAGAAGUCAAUCUGGGUAGACUUUGCUGCAUGCCAUCUUCCUGCUACCAUCAUGAGUCAUUACUUGGAACUGAAAUCCAAGAACCAAACCUAAAUUUAAAUAUGCAGGACUGUAAAGUACAUGCUAGUUAAUAGAAGAGGCCAGCUAAUUGUGAUUCUGCCAUUUGUUUCCUGAGUACAAAAUACAACUUGGAUGCAGAUUUUAAGUUUUCUCUAGUAUUCUGUAACUGCUUGCAGUUUUGAGUGGAGAUUUAUGUACAUGCCAUGUUUGCAGCCUUCCCCAAACUGCUGCACUUCACAUGUUGCUGGACUAAGUGUCUCAUCAUCCUUGAUUGUUGGCCGUGCUGGUAGUUGUAGUCCAAAACAUCUGGAGGGCACCAGUUGGGAAAGGCUGUUGUGAACUCUAUUCACUUUCUGCUGUUAGUGAGAAUGUAUUAGAGAAUUAUUUUCCUCAGCACUGAGGUAUAAAGAUGUAUGUUCUUGGCUAAAUAACUUUGCCUACAUGCACAGAAAUUAAUGAUGCAGCGAAAAGCUAUUUAAAAGCAUUUUGUUAUGGUUAAACAGUACUGCACAGGUUCUGGUUGUACUGUGCUGCUUGGGGAAGUGCCCUUGACUAUCUGGAUUUCUUGUCUUGGUACUUAGCUGGUGGCAGCCAACUAAAACUGUUUUCUUUCUCUUAGAUGGACACCAGUUAAAGCUGUUGGCGCAUCUUGUGCAUGGGAAGGACUGCAGACAUCUCAUUCCAUGUUCCCCAGUGGGAGAAGAAGGGUGGAUGGCGGCAGCGGCUACUAAUAUCAAGAAUGGAAUUUGUUUUACUUUUAUGUUCUGGAAUAGGUUUCAAACUCAUGUAAAGUUUUCUUUCUCUCUUUUUUUUAAAUUCUGAGACAGAUCUGUUUUGUACCGAGUUAUUUUUGGGAAAAAUUUUACUGGUUGCCUGUUGGGCCAAGAUGGCUUUUUCACCUUGGCAGUAAUAAAAUAGAAAUGUGUCUAGAGCUGUAAAUGUCUGCUUCCUGUUGCAGCUGGAACCUAGUCUUGGGGCUGCAGAAGCCAAGACGGGUAGAGGAGCAGGUGUCUGACUGCAGGCCCCUAGCAAAAGAGUUGGUGCUGAUUGCCCUUCCUAAGGGGAGGGAUUCUGUUCUCUCAGGUCUCUCUCCACUCUGCCUCCGUAUGGGCUUGUAAACUGUAUAUUCCCCAUCUCCUGUGUGCUGACUCUUCUUCGUCUGUGCUAAAGCCAACCGGUGUGACUGCUUUCGCAAGGAGAGGAUGGUGGUCUCCAGUGGUCAUGAGAGGGAGUAAAUUUCUUGUUAAAGUCGUUUUUGUAUUUAACACUUGAUUCCAAAGUUCAGUGCUGGUCCCACCUCAGUAUUUUUACUGUAAAAUAAGUUGCUGUGAAAACUCAGUGACUCCAACAUGCCAAGUAAAGAUUUAGUCUUUCAACUUGCAAUUCCCUAUUGAAUUCUUAUUUCAAGUACAUCUGUUUGGUGGCAUUUAUUAUGGUCUUUUUUCACUACUGCUGAUAUAGUGGGUUAUAAUAUACUGUAGUCAUUUCCAGGUCUUGUGAGAUCGGAAGGCAGAGUACAUAUUGUAAUAUUGUGGUGGGGUGAAGGGGAUCUUUAUCUUCUAUGUUUGGUGGGCAUUAACCUCAAGCCAUUCAUAGACUUUGUACCAGUGCCACCACCCAAGGAUACAGGUUUCUCUCUCCCCACCAGUUAUCAGCUUCAGAUAUGAAAGAAUCUGUGUCUUCAAGGUUUUUGGCACACUUUCACUUCAGCACCACAGCUUCCUAAUGCUGGAGGUGAGAGUAGGAACGCAUGAAUCUGAAACAGUAC